AUGUACGUUCAACUUUGAUUUGAGUUAAAUUUGGGUAUAUUGUUAGUCUGCUUUGAUAAGAAAACCUAUAUUUGCACAGUGUAGCAAGAAGAGGUGCUUGGUUUACUAAAAUCCUGUGAAGAUGGAUAACGAAAUGAAAUAUUUAGCGGUGGACAGGCGAAGUGUUGGCGACCCCACUUUGCAAGCGGAAUGGAGCGCGAAGAAACUUGUUUGGGUGCCCGACGAAGAACACGGAUUUAUCCCUGGAAGCGUAAAGCAAGAGAAAAACGAUGAAAUAACUGUUGAAUUAUCAGGUGGCAAACGAAAGACGUUUAGCAAGGAUGACAUCCAGAAAAUGAAUCCACCAAAAUUCGAGAAGGUCGAAGACAUGGCCGAACUAACUUGCCUCAACGAAGCAAGCGUUUUACACAAUCUGAAGGAUCGUUAUUAUUCAGAAUUAAUCUAUACCUACUCCGGUUUGUUUUGUGUGGUCGUUAACCCGUACAAAAGGCUGCCUAUCUAUACCGAUAAUGUGGUGGAAAUGUACAAGGGAAAAAAACGACAUGAAGUGCCACCACACGUUUAUGCAAUUACAGACACUGCAUACAGGAGUAUGCUUCAAGUGGGGAAAGUGGAGCAGGAAAGACAGAAAACACAAAGAAAGUCAUUCAAUAUUUGGCAUCGGUUGCAAGACACAGCAAGGCUGCAUCUGCUUCAAGUGAACAGGGAGAGAGAUCAAGGAUUUCACAUUCAAGAGAGAUCAGCAUGGAAACCUGGUAAAGAGCCAAUUUGUUUCAUUAUAAAUGGUGUAGCAGAGACUGGUAAGAGUUAUCUAAUCAAUGUGAAUUUGAAAUAUGCUAUAAAGCAAGUGUGCUAUUGUCGGCACAGCUAGAAAAAAGUGUAUAUAAUAUACGAGGAACAACAGCAAUUCAUUCCUCAUUGAAGUUACCUAUAUGGUCACUAGGGAAAAAAGACCUAACAGGACACAGCUUGUCUAGAUUACAAAAGAAUUUGAUUAAUAUACAAUACUUUAUCAUUGAUGUGUAUUCUAUACUUGGGAAAGUUACUUUUAGUAGGAAAGAUAAACGUUGCAACUGGUUAAUAGCGGGUAAAGUACUUGGAGGAAAUUCAUCAAAAACCACGUAGGUGGCAAACAAAGUAUUCAGAGAUACUACUAGACUUUUUUAUAGCAAUGAACAAGUUGCCAGUUACAAACACGACCAACUAACAAAGCUUGAGAAUCCAAUUGCACGAAUUAACGCCCUCUCUAUAUGUUAGAAAUAGCAAAUAAAAUUCAUUUUGAUGACAUUUAGGCUUAGAACCUGUUGUUUUUCUUGCAAAAGGUGCAAAACCUUAAAUAAUUCAUUGCUGUAUGCAACUGAAUAUUCAUUUAAAAUGUGAGAAAUUUAAUUGUAAUAAUUAAUUAAUAAUUUAAUUCAUUUUAAAAUCUAAGUUUUCAAUUUUUGCGAAGAUAGUUUUUAUGCUUCCCCAACAAUUUUAUUUGACACAUACAUCACUAAGGUUAAGAAAUAUAAGGCCAUAAGCAUAAUUGAGUGAUUUUUAUCAUCUACGGCAAGUAACUACGUCAGAAUCUGACCUUACAGGUGCACAAAGCGAUAUAUGUCAUUUUGACUCUGCUGAAGAGGCAAUUUUGAAAAAUCAAAAGAUCAUACUCUUCGUUGUUAUUCCAAUUUUGUUUGUUCAAGCGUUUUCUUGCACCAAAUAGCGUUCGCAAGUUUCUUCAGCUUCGAAAUAUCGAUUGAAAUGCCUUCUUGAAUAUCCAAACAACCGAAACUUCGACUUAGUUGGCGCAGAAUAUCAAACCUCAUAGUAUAAGAAGCUAUUUUAGUUAUAAUAUGUAAUAAUAUCAGUGAUUUUGGCAUGCUCUUUUUGUACUAUGUCCCAUAUGCAGCAAAGUCACAGUCAUUGCGCAACAAAAUUAUGGCUAGGGUUUUGAUCCAGGUCUCGUCGUGUCUCUCGUACAAAAUGCUUGAGCUGUGAUACUAUAUUACUUAUUAUAUAAAUAAUAAAACUUAUUAUUUAUAAAACGUAUUAUAUAUAACAACGUAUUAUUUAUACUUUCUACGGGUUUGACACCACUUAUAACUCUUUCUAUGGUGUCAGAAGAUGGUAAAUUUAUCUACGUUUGAAUAAAAUGUUAGAGUUUUCUUAUAUUAUUUAAGUUCUUUGAUAUAUUUGAUCUCUGUAAUGCGAUAUUGCAUAAUUUAUAAAAUCCUAACAGUGUCAUUAGACAUACUUGACCCCCCCUAGAUCCGCCCCUGGUUUGCACAAUAGAACUCACAGAAUUCAAAGCAACACGGCACAGCGAUUAAAAUCAAUUGUGUGUACCUUAAACUUCUAUACAUUUUUAUCAUGUUUACUGAAGUUUUAAACGUGGUUAACACUUGCUCUUUUUCAUUUGGUUCCUCUUAAGUAAAGUAUUCGUGAAGACAAGUUGGCAUUAUAAUUUUCAAAGGAAUUCAACAAUUUUGCCUGUAAAAGGUUUUCGGGUUUUAGUGUUUUUCAAUCCUUGAUUAAUUUCAACAUAUUGUUUCUCGGUCGAAGAAAAUAAUUUAAAGUAUUCCAAAAUUGUAAAACUUCAAGACAUAUCAAAGAGAAAGUUUGUCUUUUUUGAAUUUUUUUCAGCUUCCAGGAAAUAUAUAACCUCAUAGACUUAUAUAUUAUUUCAAGUUGGCGAAUCUACAAUUAAAAACAAAAAAUUACAAUUGGUAAUCUUAGAUACAUAUUACGGAUGUAAGAAGUAAAGAGAAAAAUUAAAUUUGUCAUUAUCAGCAAAAACGUUUUUCUUUUCUUUGUGAUCGAAGAAAGAAAAAUAUAUUUUCCACACCUGGAUUGUGUCUUGCUCUUCUUCAUUAUCCUCAUCAUCAACUGCAACAUCCUUAAGGGUUAUUUUAAACUGCUUUGGUCAAUUGCCAAUGUCGGAAAAAUCAAUCAUCCUGAGCUUCAAAGUUGGCUCUGGAGGCUGCAUUUUAUGCAAAAAUAAUCUUUUCAAAAUUUAAUGAAGAUCGUAAAAAUACUUGUUUUAUAGCUAUGAGCAUGUAAUACAAAUUCCCGCGCCUCAUGUUUGUAAGAUAAAUGUGCGCGUUAAAUUUUUUAUUUAUGACCAAACUAGAAUUCAAAUGCAUAAGUAAUGUAGCAAAAACAGAAUCUUUCAACGGAAACAGCAUAUCUCACUUGAAUAACAUGCAGCUUGCGAAACAUUCAAGUUAUUUGACUCAAGUUAUUCUCGAUUGCUUUCAGUUUUGAAUCACGCGUUGGGUUUCUUAUCACUUAAAAAUACCAAAAUAAAUCUCACUUUGCAAUAAAUUUUGUCAAAACGUCUACAAUCCACGUGAUCAAUAAAAUAUAUUGAAGAAAGUGUAAAGAAGAUUUAUUGAUAAAGACAAAAGAAACUACACACAAUUAGCUAUUGGUAUUUGAAUCGGUUUUUCUAGUUUGAAUUUCAUCAACCAUGAUCAGUAGUACGCUCGGCAACAGCAGUAAUUUGGUCCACAAGAAUAUUUAACAUUACAUGAAAAGUAACGUUUAAUUGCCUGGCCAACUUUGCCCACGUCUGUAUCUGCGUGUUUGUUCACAGCUAAAGAUGGCUGAUUUUUGUACACAUGGAAUGAGUCCACGCACUCCGAAUGUUUUGUUCUAACAAUUGAAAAAGAACACAAGUUGAUUGAAAAUGUUUAAUGCUUGAAGCUAUUUUACUUUUCAUUUCAAGCUAUUCCCGUUUUUGUUUUUAAGUAAACUAAAAACCAAUACCAAAACACAAUUGAUAAUUAUUUGCGGCAAUCGGACAUAGUAAACGAUCCAUUCAUACGGUUUAUUUCUAUAAUGCAUAUAUUCGUUAAGACAGUUAUCACAGUCGAAUACCUAUCUAUAGCAAGUAUGCUAAUAACAUAAUAUGAUUUCAAUAUAAAUUGCACUCACAGCAAUAUAACUACUCGGAUUGUCAUUUGGACAUUUUUUACUUUAGAUUAUCCGAUUUUAGUAUCUGUUUAAAAAUAAAAAGCCUUAAACGCAAUAACUGUAUUAUCAAAUAUAUGUGUAGUAUUCUUCGGUGGCGUAGUUAGUGGUCGUGCUCUUCCUGCUCAGCAGGACUACAAAUUCUGUAAAAACGAAUAUAAUAAAAUCGAAGAAAUUAAAAAUUACAUUUAUAGAAGCACUUUCAUAUCAGCGUACAACACUAUUCGUUCAUUUUCAGCAGUUUUAAAAGGCACACUUUCCAAAAUUUCCUCGUUAUUACAUAUUUACUACUCAAGUCAUCUAUAAGAAGUGCUAGAAAAAAAUAGUACGUUUCUAUUGGAUAACAUUCCGGUGCGCGCUUCUUAUUGGCCUUUUAAUAAGCGCAAGCUCUGUCCGUUUCUAUUGGUCAAUAUGCUGGUGGUGUUUAUUUUAUUAUCACCGUACAUGAUUCUGGAACUAACCAAUAUAUUGUUCGCAAUUAUAAAUUGGAAAUAUCUUUUUGAUGCUGUGUAUAGAAAACCGAUUGUUAUUGUUACACAAAUAUACAAUGGAUUCCAGUAAUGUAAGAAUUAAGGACAGCAUAUGAUUUACUCGGCAAGAGAAAGACGUGCAAAAUACUACACUUAUAAAAGCGAUCAUGAUCUAACUUCGUGGUAUAUAAAGAUAUGAAUUGUUUCACAAUCAAAUUGAGGUCACAAAUCUGAAUUUUUAAACGGCUCUAAUAACACCGCUGCGGAACUGCCUUCAACAAGUACACCAUCGUCGAAAUGUAAAAUAUUAAAAUCAGAAGCAGAAUAUUUAAUAAAGAUGUCUUGAGUUACAAUUAAAGGCCUAAUUCCUGUAAUAGCCUAAAUUCCCUCUACUCCUCGACGUUAUAGAGAAGGACCAAAUCUUUUUCGCUGGCUAUAUACCAUACUGAUAUUUUUCAUAGUUCAUAAGCUUACCUGCCAGGAACAGUUCCAAUCAAAGAUCGACAAAUGCUUGCACAGUUUGGUGAAGAUUUAGAACAAGCUCGACGCACUCCCAAAUAAACACCAUGUUCCUUUCCUAAUGCUGCACAUGCACUUGUUGCCAUCUCAUCCAAGUAGUUUUCAAAGUAUGACUCAAAACUCCCGUGAGCUGAUUAGAAAAAAACAACCAGCUGUUAGCUCAGCUAUUGCAUAUGAUAUAGCCAAUUCGCAAAUUGUUGCUUUUGUUCUAUGCUAACGGAAUGAAAUCCGUUUUCUUCUUUCACUUUAAUAUAAAAGUUUAUUGUAAUUUGUAAAUGUUUUCUUUAUCUACUGUACUUGCUUCAGUGAAGCUUAUUUUAUAAAAGCCAUUAAAGGUCUUACCUGCCCCUGUUAACAGCAGAAACAGAGCAAGUCUUACGAUAGUAGAACCACCAUUCAUAAUUUCCAUUUGGUUUCUUCGUCAACCUAUAUGAAAAAUAUGGCUGAACUUGAUUUUCUGAUAUAAAACUUUUCCAGGGCAAGUUUAUUUUUUGUUACGCUUCUCCUUGAUCAUCCCAGUUCCCAAACUCAACAUUAUCAUCGCAAUAUGACAACAUUCGUGUUUCUUAGAAUUACCAUAACAUGAAAAGAAUUUACUUAAACACAACACCUUCAAUCCGACCAAAGUUCGAAAGCGCGCAAAGUUUGAUAAAAGAAUGAUGUCGAAAUCUUCCACAAGUGUCGUCCGUUUUCUUAAUGGAAGAAAUCAGGGUGUAACAUGGCUUUAAUGCAUGUGAGUGAUGCUUGACGGGUUUUUUGAGUGUUUUUUCCUGUUGUGCAUUUGUUCUUUUGUACCCAGAAUAGUUGGUCAAGCGAGAAAUCCAUCGAUAGAAAAUGCUGGUAAGUUCUAAAACAUGGAAUUUGGAAUCUUGGAGUCUUGGAAUCAUUUUGUGUUAAAUCAUAAAGUAAUAUUUCUAUUUACAAGUUAUAAAGACGCGUUCAAUUUACAAUUUCAAUUUACAAUUCAUGUAAACGCAGUGAAGAAACGUAUGUUUUGCGUACUUUUACGAAAUGACAAAUCUCUAGCUAUCACGUUGCUUUCAAGAUAUGCUCUCAUAUUCUCCCGUCAUUAGUAAAUACUUAACUCAGGUGUGAGUGUUUUGAGAGAUACUUAUGUGUAAUCACAGCAACAUUUUUAAUAGUUCUGUAGCUUUCCGUUAUUGUAGUAAAUAGAGCUUUGCGUAAUGCCUUGUAUGAAUAGAGUAGUUCAACCAUUGUAAAAUAGACGUUGAAUAUCAAAUGUAUAGUUAUCUGUGAUA